UCUGGGAAUGAGUCUGGUCCAGUUCGAUUUCUCCCAAACUCGAUCCAUAGACGGGCAGGCCAGCGUCGGCGACCCGGGAUAGAAGCCCGACAUCUGACACCUACGGUCGACCGUGCUACCUGUGCGGCAUCUUCUUCACCCUCUCGACGUGAAUCCAGUGAUCGAGGAAAGAGAUGGCGAGCUCGAAGCCGUUGGGGAGCACCGGCGAGUUCUUCCGGCGGAGGGACGAGUGGAGGAAGCACCCUAUGUUGAGCAACCAGCUGAGGCACGCCACUCCAGGGCUCGGCAUCGCCCUCGUUGCUUUCGGCAUCUAUCUCGUCGGCGAGGCCAUCUACAAGCGCGCCCACCCUCCUUCCCACCAUUGACCGUCCUUCUUCUUCUCCCCUUCUCUCCGUUAACCCAAAAAAUGUACAGCGUUCGUGAUUGGGAGCACUUGCGUGGGGCUUUUAUGAUGCAGCGGUUACUUCUGGCGAGAUGGGGAUUGGGUGAUCGUUUUUCUGUGAUUCAUAUUAGACUCAGGUUUUCUGGUCUCUGUAAUUCAGACAGAUGGAACUAAGCAAGCGACGUCGCAGUAUCUGGCUGUUUCUUGGUUAUGAACUCUUUUCUUUUUCUGUUUCUAAUAACGUGAAUUGGUUUCUGAACUCUAUGAAAGCAGAAACAUAUGUUCUCUUGGUAUAGCUCCCUAUCUCUCGUUCAUAUUUUUCGGAUUCAAAGAACGGUGGUCGACUGAGGCCGGUGAAUGACAUGUAAUGCAAGUAAUUGUGUUCAA